AUGCCCUUCUCCCACGCACCGGGAAGCGGGAAGUGCUCGAUUCAGACACUUGGGAUGUGUCAGCCAACCCCGGAGGACCACCCUGGACCCCAUACUGAAUGCCGCAAACUGAGGGACGAGAAGACUUCGGCACCUAACGCCCCCUGGCAUGCCCUCUCAUUACCACCUGAUUGCCUCCCCCCUGACCUCAAGUCCAAUAGACAACUAACUGGCAUCCGAACACUGUCAUACAUUGACCAAGAGGCAUUCAAAGAUCUGCCUAAUUUAAAGUACCUUGGGAUUACCAACACAGGUCUCACCUCUUUUCCUGGCCUACAAUAUAUUCAUUCCAGCCAAAAGAAUUUCAUUUUGGAGAUAGUGGAGAAUGUCUUCAUACAAGUUAUACCUGCUAAUUCUUUCACUGGAAUAUCGGAGAAUGCUCUGACCAUCAUGCUGAAUAGCAAUGGCGUGAAAGAGAUCCAACCCUAUGCCUUCAAUGGGAGCAGACUGGAGGAAGUGUAUCUUCACAGGAAUAUGGAUUUGGAACGAAUAGAUGAAUUUGCAUUUUAUGGUGUAAUUCACGGCCCAACGCACAUAGACCUUUCAGAAACCAAAAUUAGCUCUUUGCCUUCAGUAGGUAUGGAGACCAUUGAAAAGCUCAGAGCUAAAAACACUUGGGCCCUCAAAGUACUGCCCCCCUUCCGAGUCUUUCUCCAUUUACAGAGUGCUGAUUUGACCUUCCAAAGCCAUUGUUGUGGUCUCAAUAUGCUGAAAAGAUGGAGAGGAUACACUGAAGCAGUUAUUUGCAACCUGACCCGGACUACUUUGGGAAAGUUGCAGGAAUCCUCUACAGCUCUCUCUCAGAGGUAUCUGGGACACAAAAUCUACCAGCACCUGAAAGACAGCUUUGGUCUCCCAACUGCCGACAGCAGAAAUCACAGUCAAAACUUUAACAGCCCCAUUUGCCCAACUGAACAGUCUGAAGUUGAGGGUGUGUUUUAUGUGGAGUUACCUACAGAGUAUUACAGUGAGGGUUUUGACUUUGCACUGUGUGAUGAACCUCACACAGAUAAUCAUGGACUCUUGUGCACCCCCCUACCUGAUGCGCUGAACCCCUGUGAGGAUGUGAUGAGUCGAGGCUUCCUGAGGGUGUUAGUCUGGGUGGUCAGUCUGUUGGCUAUUUCAGCCAACUUCCUGGUGAUAUUCAUCCUGCUGACCAGCCGACAGAAAUUGUCUGUUACCCGUCUCCUCAUGGGUCACCUGGCAUUUGCAGACUUUUGUAUGGGAAUGUAUUUACUGCUCAUCGCAUCUGUCGACCUCUACACACGCUCCAAUUAUUACCACUAUGCUAUUGCCUGGCAAACAGGAGGUGGCUGCAGUCUAGCAGGGACAUUAUCAGUGUUUGCCAGUGAGCUAUCUGUGUACACAUUAACUUUAAUCAGCCUUCAGCGCUGGCAUGCCAUCUUCUACGCAAUGAGACCGGACAGAAAAAUGAGGUUACGUCAUGCUGCUGUGCUGAUGCUCGCUGGCUGGUUGCUGUGUGUCAUCCUAGCACUGCUGCCAGUGAGUGGUGUGAGCAGUUACCAGAAAGUGAGCAUUUGCUUACCGAUGGACACUGAGACAACUGCUGCUCGGGCCUAUGUAGUCUCUGUGCUGAUGGUUAAUAUCAUUGCUUUUAUGGUGGUUUGUUUAUGUUACCUCCACAUCUACUUUAUGGUGCACAAUCCACAACACCAGUCCAGCAAAUGUGAUACCAGCAUGGCCAAACGCAUGGCUGUUCUCAUUUUUACCAACUUUCUGUGUCUAGCUCCAAUUUGCUUCUAUGGCUUGUCUGCAGCUCUCCACCAGCCACUGAUGACUGUCACAGAUUCCAAGGUGUUGCUGGUGUUUUUCUACCCUCUCAACUCUUGUGCUCAUCCAUUUUUUUAUGCUAUCCUGACAAAGGCAUUUCACCGAGAUAUCCUGAUGUUGCUGAGCCGGAUGGGACUGUGCCAGCGGCAAGCACACCUCUAUCGCAGCCAACUUGAUGAAAACAUCAGGAUGUUCCUGGAAGAGGCCACAUCACUCGACCCCAGGUUUAAGACCAAAAUCCUGGAUGCUGCCGUUUGGUCUAGGUUGGAAGAGAAGGCGUGCGGCGAAAACUCUGAACAGCAUGCACUGGAAAUCGAUGAAGAUGGAGAGGACCAACUGGACGAGGGGAUGGAGGAGGAAGAAGAGGAUGAAGAGGCUGCAUCUAUGGAGAACACAACACAUAUAAGCUUUCCAUAA